GUCUCCUCACCUGUAAUCCACACGACUAAAACCAUGAGUGAAGUGGUUCUACAGUGUGAGUCUGCAGGCUGGUAUCCAGAGCCUGAGGUGCUGUGGCUGGACGCUGAGGGAAACCUCCUCUCUGCUGGACCUACAGAGACACUCAGAGGUCCUGAUGACCUCUACACUGUCAGCAGCAAUGUGACUGUGGACAAGAGACACGGCAACAACUUCACCUGUAGAGUCCAUCAGAAGAACAUCAACCAGACCAGAGAGACACACGUCCUGGUUCCAGAUCAUUUCUUCAUGGUCCCCAGUACUACCAGUAGUCCCAGUA